AUGUAUUAUGGGAUUCACUUCGGUGGCUACCCCGCGCAGCCUCAACUGCACAACAACAAAGUCGCGUCUUAUCCCUUUCCCGACCAAAUAUAUGCGCCCGAGGACUUUACCCGCGGUUGCGAAGGUGACUGGCCCCAAACAAACGGGCAACUGUGGAGAAGACUAUACAUUCGCGGCGUAGAGGAGUUUGUGGAGAGACUUCAUGGUUAUCGCCCCGGCGGCUACCAUCCCGUUCAUCUGCACGACCGUCUACACGACGGCUGGUACCGGGUCAUUCACAAGCUGGGAUACGGUGGAUACUCGACGGUGUGGCUUUGCCGAGAUACGAGUUCCGACACACCGAAAUAUGUUGCGGUGAAGAUUCUCGUCGCCAGCGAGUCAGAACGGGAGUGUCGUGAGCUCCUUGUCAACAGACUCAAAGCAGAGGCUAUUGAGAAGAAUCCCGGUGGAGAGCACAUAUGCUUGCCCCUUGAUCAAUUCGAUGUUCACGGCCCCAACGGCACGCAUAUCUGCCUCGUCUAUCCUGAGACGGUCGACAAGAUCCAACAAGAUGUAUCACGACAGGUUGUGGAGGCACUCUCUGCGUUACAUAACCGCGGCACCCGCCACGGAGAUUUCCGGCCCUCAAACAUACUUCUACGGCUAGAUGGUCUUGAUGGCCUCGACGAGGAGGAGAUAUUCGACCUAUUUGGGGAGCCCGAGAGCACCCAUGUCGCUCGGCAACCACUGCCGACCAAGUUCGGCAUCCCGAUGGAUUAUCGCGCUCCAGAGAUGAUCCUGGAUGGCUCAGCAAGUACUACCGCGGAUCUCUGGUCUCUCGGCUGCACGCUUUUCGAGAUUCGCACGGGACAACGUUUGUUCAGCAUAUCUACACUGCUAGGGCGCGAUAAAGGGCAAUACCUAACAGAAGUCGCACUGCUCAUUGGAAGGCCAUCAGAUCCCUGGUGGACAUCCUGGGAUUAUCGGGAUCGGAUAUUCGAGACCAGCAAGGAUCCAGACUGCCGGACUGUGAAGGUCAGGCCCGGGGCCCUCGACCCAAGGACUCCCGACCCGCGAUCAAUCAGGGAGAAACUCGCCACUUGUCAUCAUUGUACAUGGUCGGAAUGUGCACACGAGCUGCAUCAACUUGUACCCGAAGUUGAGACUAAGCUAUUGGCAGACCUUCUUGGGAAGCUGUUGAGGUAUGAGCCGGGGGAGCGAUUGGCGGCGCAGGAUGUGCUGAAGCAUGACUGGUUCAAGAUAUGA